AUGGCUUAUAUCUACGUUCUUGAUUUUAAUGGGAACAACGUCCAUGUUUACGCCAAUGACAAUUACAGGAGCUGCAACCACAACCACAACCACAGGAGCUCCAAUAACAACAACAGCUACAACAACAACUACUCCUUCCACAACUACCACCACAGCUACAACUACCACAGUAGUACCCACAACAACAUCUGCUCCAACAACUACCACAGCACCUCCAACAACUGCUACUACUCCUCUAAUUACCCCAACAACAAACACAUCAACAACAUUAACGACCACAGCAACUCCAACAACUACUACAUCUGCUGCAACAACUACUGCAGCUACUGCAACAACUACUACAUCUGCUCCAACAACUACUGCAACUACUGCAACAACUACUACAUCUGCUGCAACAACUACUGCAGCUACUGCAACAACUACUACAUCUGCUGCAACAACUACUACAUCUACUCCAGCAACUACUACAUCUGCUGCAACAGCUACUACAUCUGCUGCAACAACUACUACAUCUACUCCAACAACUACUACAUCUGCUCAAACAGCUACUACAUCUACUCCAACAACAACUACUACAUCUACUCCAACAGCUACUACAUCUGCUCCAACAGCUACUACAUCUACUCCAACAACAACUACUACAUCUACUCCAACAGCUACUACAUCUACUCCAACAGCUACUACAUCUACUCCAACAACUACUACUACAUCUACUCGAACAGCUACUACAUCUACUCCAACAACUACUACAUCUGGACCAACAGGUACUACAUCUACUCCAACAGCUACUACAUCUACUCCAACAACUACUACAUCUGGACCAAUAGCUACUACAUCUACUCCAACAACUACUACAUCUGGACCAACAGCUACUACAUCUACUCCAACAGCUACUACAUCUACUCCAACAACUACUACAUCUGGACCAACAGCUACUACAUCUACUCCAACAACAACUACUACAUCUACUCCAACAGCUACUACAUCUACUCCAACAACAACUACUACAUCUACUCCAACAGCUACUACAUCUGCUCCAACAGCUACUACAUCUACUCCAACAACUACUACAUCUACUCCAACAACUACUACUACAUCUACUCGAACAGCUACUACAUCUACUCCAACAACUACUACAUCUGGACCAACAGCUACUACAUCUACUCCAACAGCUACUACAUCUACUCCAACAACUACUACAUCUGGACCAACAGCUACUACAUCUACUCCAACAGCUACUACAUCUACUCCAACAACCACUACAUCUGGACCAACAGCUACUACAUCUACUCCAACAGCUACUACAUCUACUCCAACAACUACUACAUCUGGACCAACAGCUACUACAUCUACUCCAACAACAACUACUACAUCUACUCCAACAGCUACUACAUCUACUCCAACAGCUACUACAUCUACUCCAACAACUACUACUACAUCUACUCGAACAGCUACUACAUCUACUCCAACAACUACUACAUCUGGACCAACAGGUACUACAUCUACUCCAACAGCUACUACAUCUACUCCAACAACUACUACAUCUGGACCAAUAGCUACUACAUCUACUCCAACAACUACUACAUCUGGACCAACAGCUACUACAUCUACUCCAACAGCUACUACAUCUACUCCAACAACUACUACAUCUGGACCAACAGCUACUACAUCUACUCCAACAACAACUACUACAUCUACUCCAACAGCUACUACAUCUACUCCAACAACAACUACUACAUCUACUCCAACAGCUACUACAUCUGCUCCAACAGCUACUACAUCUACUCCAACAACUACUACAUCUACUCCAACAACUACUACUACAUCUACUCGAACAGCUACUACAUCUACUCCAACAACUACUACAUCUGGACCAACAGCUACUACAUCUACUCCAACAGCUACUACAUCUACUCCAACAACUACUACAUCUGGACCAACAGCUACUACAUCUACUCCAACAGCUACUACAUCUACUCCAACAACCACUACAUCUGGACCAACAGCUACUACAUCUACUCCAACAGCUACUACAUCUACUCCAACAACUACUACAUCUGGACCAACAGCUACUACAUCUACUCCAACAGCUACUACAUCUACUCCAACAACUACUACAUCUGGACCAACAGCUACUACAUCUACUCCAACAGCUACUACAUCUACUCCAACAACUACUACAUCUGGACCAACAGCUACUACAUCUGCUCCAACAGCUACUACAUCUACUCCAACAACUACUACAUCUGGACCAACAGCUACUACAUCUGCUCCAACAGCUACUACAUCUACUCCAACAACUACUACAUCUGGACCAACAGCUACUACAUCUGCUCCAACAGCUACUACAUCUACUCCAACAACAACUACAUCUACUCCAACAGCUACUACAUCUACUCCAACAACUACUACAUCUGCUCCAACAACUACUACAUCUCCUCCAACAACUACUACAUCUCCUCCAACAGCCACUACAUCUACUCCAACAACAACUAUAUCUUCUCCAAUAACAACUACAUAUACUCCAACAACUACUACAUCUGCUCCAACAACAACCAUAGCAGCUCCAACAACUACCACAACUACAAAAGCUCCAACUGCACCUGUCCAAGUUUUUCUGUUUCUACAGUUCCUUGAACCAUAUGUAUCUGAUCUCACAGACCCCACCAGCAGUGUAUAUCAAGAUCGCAAAGGACGAGUUGAAGAGACGUGUAAUAGAAUCUACAAACCAUUUCCUUCCUUCAUCCGUGCCAUUGUGAUUCAGUUCAG